ACCAAAAGGGGGCAGGAACGCUGUCCACAGACGCUAUCCUUUCGCUUUCCAUGAGUCUCCACAUACCAGCCUCCUCUCACUCACUCACCACCUAGCAGCCCGUAUAGUGAUGAUGUUGCACCUGUCUUCAUUGCUCUCUUCUGAAUCAUCACGGAUGCUGAAUGGAAUAUUUUGACGUCAAUUAUUUCUAAUUGGUCUUAAAAGUUCUAAGAACGCCGACGGUCAAUAUUAGAUCACGCGUCAUUUUGCGAGCAUGAGGUUUUCUUCUGACUGACGCGAAUCGCCUGCGGUAUUUUAGUACCAGCAGUGUUUUUGAAAGUGGACAGAUAAGCAUGGACUAAUCGUUGUGAUUAUUUUCCAUUCAUGAUGGGACCAUUCAAACUUUAUUUUUUGUACAGUACAUUUGCCAUCUUCCCAGCUCUAGGCUUUGGUGUCGAUCCAGCCCUCCGCAUCAACGUAUUCGAUGAACUGAAGUUGGGAGAGUCUUACGCUGGAGUUUUUCAAGUUCAGGGGUUCCACAAUGAGAGCAGAGCCUUUCUUUUCCAAGACUCAUGGAGGAACGUGAGGGUGAAGGAGGAUGUAGCAGAGGUGAUGCUCCAGAAGCUGAGAGACAAGACAGAGUUCACUGUGCUGGCCACUCUGAAGCAGGAGAGACUCAACUCUGGAGUCCUGCUCUCCAUACACUAUGCAGAACACAGGUAUCUGGAGUUGGAGAGCAGUGGGCAGCGUAAUGAGAUCCGUCUCCACUACCGUACCAGGGACCAGCGGCAACACACUGAGGGGUUCCCCUACUCCCUGGCAGACGACCGUUGGCACAAGCUGUCCGUGGCCGUCAGUGUCUCCCACGUGGUGCUGCACGUCGACUGUAACAGGAUCUAUGAGAGGGUGAUAGAGAAUCCGUCUAUGGACAUUCCCUCUGACACCACCAUCUGGCUCGGACAGAGGAACCAGGCCCAUGGAUACUUCAAGGGUAUAAUGCAGGAUGUUCAGCUGGUCGUCAUGCCUCAAGGCUACAUCUCCCAGUGUCCAGACCUCAACCUCACUUGCCCCACCUGCAAUGACUUCCAUGGGCUGGUGCAGAAGAUCAUGGAGCUGCAGGAUGUCUUAGCCAAGACCUCCAGCAAGCUGUCGCGUGCAGAGGAGAAGAUGCAGGGUCUGGAUGGCUGUUACUGUGAGAGGAGCUGCAGUAUGAAUGGAGAGCGGUACAGGGAGGACGAGGGAUGGACAGACGGAUGCAGGAACUGUUCCUGCUAUAAUGGUACAGUCCAGUGUGAGACCAUCUCGUGCCCCCCUCCCCAGUGUCCCCCUGACUCCGCCCCUGCCUAUGUGCCAGGCACGUGCUGCAAAGAGUGUCAGCCUGUGUGUCUGUUCAGAGGAAGGGUGUACGUGGAAGGGGACUUGAAGAGUGUGAGGGAUUCAUCUGGAAACUGUUUACUGUUUGAGUGUCAGGAGCACAGUAUGCAGAGGGUGGAGAACGCUCCCUGUCCUGAACUGACCUGCCCCGAGUCUGACCACAUCACCCUUACAGACCGCUGCUGCAAAGUCUGCAGAGGUCAUCAUUUCUGUGUGGAGGGCCACAGUCCCAGCUGUGUGGAGAACUCAGAAUGUGUGAACCUGGAGGCUGGGUCCUGCUGCAGCUGUAAAGAUGGCUACCGCGCCCUGAGGGAUGACAGCGCGUACUGUGGAGAUAUUGAUGAGUGUGCUGAGGGAAAGCACUACUGCAGAGAGAACACCAUGUGUGUCAAUACUCCAGGAUCCUUCAUGUGCAUCUGCCACACUGGAUACAUCCGGAUCGAUGACUAUUCCUGCACAGGUGAGCCACCCACACACACACACACAGACACACACACACACACACACACACACCAGUCAAACACAUACAUCUGCAUGGGCACACACACACAUACACACUGCAGGCCUGACUUCUACAAAGGACAGUAUUAUUGACCAGAGUAAAGCUACUUUACCUUACAUUGCAUGAUUUGACAUCAGGGUUGUUUGUUUGAGAAGUGGGCUAACAUUAGAGGUUAGCUGGUCU